UUCUUUGACUCUACAUCAAACAUAAAGCAUCUGCUAAAUGUGUAAAUAUAAAGCAGGAAUAAUUAAUGAGGCAAGAAUUGAGACUGGUUAAAAAGACCCAGGCUGUUAAAAGCCUUCAUGUGAAUAUUCGUGCAUCUGUCCUGUUGUGUGUCCUUGACUCUUACCGUCAGACCUGUUGGAAAAGUCCCGUGCGAUCCGUCAAGCUAAAGAAGAAAGAACCUUCCACAUGUUCUACUACAUGCUGACCGGCGCAGGAGACAAACUGCGAUCUGAACUCUGUCUGGAGAGCUACAAUAAGUACCGGUUCCUGUCCAAUGGGAACGUGACUAUUCCAGGACAACAGGACCGAGACAUGUACCUCGAGACCAUGGAGGCCAUGAGGAUCAUGAGCUUCCCUGAGGAAGAACAGAUUGGUCUGCUGAAGGUCAUGUCGUCUGUGCUACAGCUGGGUAAUAUGUCCUUUAAGAAGGAGCGUCACUCGGACCAGGCCUCCAUGCCUGAUGACACAGGUAAAUACAUCUUUUUAGCUUUACAAACACGCCCAUCAGGCUAUAUUAUCACUAUAAAUCCUCCGGGUAUCCUGGCUCUCCUGGACGAGGAGUGCUGGUUCCCCAAAGCCACGGACAAGAGCUUUGUGGAGAAGGUCCUACAGGAGCAAGGAACGCAUCCCAAAUUCCAUAAACCCAAGAAACUGAAGGACGAGGCGGAUUUCUGCAUCAUGCACUAUGCUGGAAAGGUGGAUUACAAGGCGGAUGAGUGGCUGAUGAAGAACAUGGACCCACUGAACGAUAACGUGGCGAGUUUGCUCAAUCAAUCCACCGACAAGUUUGUUUCGGAGCUGUGGAAGGACGUGGACCGUAUCGUGGGUCUGGAUAAGGUGGCCGGCAUGUCGGAGCUGCCGGGUGCAUUUAAGACCCGUAAGGGAAUGUUCCGGACGGUCGGGCAGCUCUAUAAAGAGCAGCUGUCCAAACUUAUGGCCACGCUCAGAAACACCAACCCCAACUUCGUCCGCUGCAUCAUUCCCAACCACGAGAAAAAG